CAUGCCCCAAGACGCUGCGCGAUCUCCUAUCAGCGCCGGCGCAGCGCAGAAACGGCGGGCCCCGCAGAUCCCCCGAGGUCGUGGCGCCUACUCGCGGCUGCACUACGACCAGAACGCCAACCUCUAUCUGCAGGUACGUGGCGCGAAGCGGUGGCUGAUCUUCCCACCAGAGUGUGGCCCUAUGCUGUAUCCGUACCCGAAGGGGCACCCGCUGGACCGGAAGGCCCGCCUCGACCCAGAGGAGCCUGUGGCACUCCCCGGGGGGGGAGAGCGCCGCCAUGGGCCCGCGUUGCAGCAGUAGCAGCAGCAGAAGCAUGAGCAGCAG